ACGAUUACGACUUUCGAACAACACCUAUUUGUCAUUGCUAGAUUGGUCAUUGUAAUUUUUAUUUGAGCAUUGUUUCGAUACAAAAAUAAAUUAAUAAUUUCUUUUUGAAAUGACAUCGUAUGUGCGAGCAAUGUACGAUUUCUCUGGAGAACCAGGUUCUUCAGAGAUUUCAAUAAACGUCGGCGAAGUCCUGGCAGUAACUCGGACAGACGUUGGAGAAGGUUGGUGGGAGGGGAAGAAUAGUCAAGGAAAAGUUGGUCUUUUUCCAGCAGCUUAUGUAGAGGUAAUGUCGGCCGCUGAAGCACAGAAACACAAUCAUCAACCUGCUGUUAGCAGUCCUGUCGCAGUUGCUACAGCAGCGACAGCUGUCACAGGAGACUCAACGACUCGCUACGAUCAAACUGCUGAUGAAUACGACGACUGGGAAGAUGACUGGGAUGAUGAUAAUGAUACUUAUUCAGAAAUUGGACCCAGUGGCGCAGCUAAAACAAACAAUCAUGCUCCAACUGCUACUGCACUUUCACAUUCCGCUAGCAAUUACGAUAAUAAAAAUCUGCCUGCAGCACCAAUGGAUGAUACUAUAUCAUUGGCCUCAACAGCUGCGCCGAGCAAUACAACAACAUUAAAAAAAUCUGGCAUGUUCGGUAAAAGUUCCGAUUCAUAUAUACUGGGUUUAGGAAAUAAGGAAAAACUUUCGGAUCAUGAAAUUGUUCACAUAGCAUAUGUCGAUAAUUUCUGUUAUUGGCAAACAAAUCACCAGCGCUAUAGCGUCAUUGUAGCCAGUCCGAAGAAAGAGACCAAAUUUAAAGGAAUGAAAACAUUUAUUGCAUACCAGUUAACGCCUAGCUUUAAUAAUAUAUCUGUGUCAAGACGAUACAAACAUUUUGAUUGGUUACACGAACGCUUGGUGGAGAAAUUUUGUCUCAUUCCCAUUCCACCACUACCAGACAAGCAAAUAUCCGGCAGAUAUGAGGAGCAAUUCGUGGAGCACCGGCGCGUGCAGCUGCAAGAGUUUGUCGAUUGGGUGUGUCGUCAUCCUGUAUUAUCACAAUGCGAAGUGUGGCAUCAUUUUUUGACCUGCAAUGAUGACAAAAUGUGGAAAUCGGGCAAAAGGAAAGCCGAACGUGACACAUAUGUUGGUGUCACAUAUUGUUGGGCUAUUUCACCACCAGAGAAAACUUUAUUGCCAUCUUAUGUUGACGCGCAAAUGGAGAGUUGUUCACUAUUCGCACAUACAAUGGACAUUGCAGUACGGAAUCUUUUGGCAUUAUCAAAUGAUACGACAAAACGUUAUCAAACACAAUGUAAAAAAGAAUUCCAACGUAUCGGUGAUGGUUUGUCAGAUUUGGCCAAGGCUUUAAAUAUUGACGAACGUCGGGCUCCAUCAAAAUCAACUGCGCUUUCGGAAAGUGUUGGGCGUGUGGGGGGCAUUUUCAUUGGUAUUGGACAAUUGUUUGGAGAUCAGCCAAAAUUAGACUGGAUACCUUUUUCAGAUCGCUUGCAUAUCUAUAGAGGUGUUCUCAACAGUUUUCCGGACAUCCUUUCAACACACAAAGGUGCAAUGCAAAAACGAAAAGAAUGUGAACGUUUGACCGCCGAACAAAAGAUGAGUAAUGCUCAAAUGACCGAUGUGAAUCGUCGUACCGAUGUUAUAUCCUAUGCUGUUAUGGCUGAAAUGUCGCAUUUUAAAGAAGAGCGUGAUACGCACUUAAAACAAGCGCUAAAAUCAUUUAUUGAAGAACAAAUUAAAUUUUAUUCUAAUGUCGUUAAUCGACUGCAAGAAGCUUAUCGUCAAUUUGACUAGUUUACUAAUUACUGCAUUGCUGAUCCCUAAGCCAUGGCCGCUUUUUUGUGCUUUAGCGUAUGUAUGCAUGUAUGUAUGUAUAAGUGUAUUAGAAUUCACGACAAUAGCUACAGUAAUAGAAACAUAGCACAACAAACUAUCUAAAACAAGUUUCAUAUCUUCAUCAAAUUGUAAUUUCAUCGGCGAUAACGUAAGUGCCCAAGCUGGAAAGGCGUCAAAUAUUAGUGCUAUUUCAUGUGAAGAAUAAACGUCAAGUUAACAAACAUAAAUUAUUGUGGCACUAGAAGCAAAAAUAUAUAUAUUAAGUAUAAUAUACAUACAUAGUUUCUAUAUAUAAAGAAAAGAAUUUUAAUUUACAAAUACAUAAAAUGUGAUUAUAUUCGCUUAUUCAAAUUUUCUACUGCAAUCUUAUGAUGUACACAUUAGUAUAUACACAUGUAUGGCAAUUUACUUUUAUACAUGCAUUUACGUCUUGGGUACUUUUGUUCUAUAUCGACUCAAUUAUUGUAUUUCCUCAUUUAUAGUAUUUUAUGUAUUGUGAAUAUUAUCUAAUUUGUGCAUACUAAAGUGUUAAAUAUUAUAUAUUUUAUAUGCAAAUAUACAAGUUUACACAAAUAA